AGUUGGACAGUUCAACAAUAUUGUAAACACUACACUCACUGGAAAUGUGUGAUUCUAACCUCCAAACUUUGAAAAUUGAGAUUGAACAAUUAUUAAGAAAAUAAUUCAUAAAAUAAGUCAAUUAAAAAAAUAUCAAUUAUGAAUUGUGUUACUACUUUUAAUAAUAUGCUCCGACGAACAAUUAAUUCUUUAUUAGUAAUUCCUUCAGCUGUUCAAGUUCAACAAGCAAGGAACACUUUCAUAUUGAAAAGAAGAUAUCCGCUUAGAUCAAUGAAACUGUACAGAUUAAAAGAUAUUGCACACGAACAAGAAUCUAAGAUUUAUGAUUUAAUAGAAUUUAAAAGUUUAGCUGAAAAUCAAAAACCAAUUGAUCUUAUUUUAACGUCUUUUGUAGAAGAAGUAGGUGAUGUUGGUGACAGAAUUAGUGUACUCAGUUAUGAGGCUUAUGAUAAAUAUCUCGUGCCUGGUUUAGCAGUUUAUGCUACUCCAGAAAAUAUAAAAAAAUAUUCAGAUUUGACUGAAACCAAAUCGAAAGUAGAAUAUAGUUCACCUUAUGUACCGAAAACUUUGAAAUACUUACAAAAUUAUUUACUUCAUGUUAUUAUGUCUAAUGAUAACCAGUGGACACUCGAAAAUUGGCACAUAAGGACAGCUUUUCGGAUGAAUAAAAUUCAUCUCGAGGAUGACUGCAUUACUUUGCCUGAACUUACGAUUGCUGGACCAAAUCCCGAAAUGGAAAACAAAGAAUUUUAUGUUACUUUAACAAUAAACCAACGCGAAAAAGUUAAUGUACGAUGUAGACUACAUCUUUGGAGUGCUAACGCAAAUAAUAAUUUAGUGGAUAGUGAAACCUUUAAUGAUCCAGCCGAACCUUUGUAUCCAGAAUUCCAAGAAGUUUUAGAUCAGCUACCUCUUCCUAAGGCUGUUGCUGAAAGGAUGCAAACUAGAAAUUAAAGUAAACCGUACUAUUAUUGUUUAUAUUAAUAUUUCAAUAAAGUUUUGACAACUUAUAACAUUU